AUGCACGGACACCGCCUUGCUUACUUCGUCGCCACCGUCGUCGCGUCGGUCUUGGGCCACGACGCGUGCGGCGAGAUGCCCACCACGGCUCCGACGAAUCCCGUCGGUCCGCCGUGCGCAUUUGCCAAAAGCACGGUCGUGACGCUCACGGCGGACAACGGCGGCAGCUUGUACGCCUGCAGCAACUGCGUCAAAGACGCCAAGGACUUUGGCGCGUUCGUGACCAGUAUGAAGAGCAAUACGUGGACUAUUCAGCCGCUGGACGGGCACCUCGUCGCGCUCCACGCCAACGGCUUUAGCGGGAUUGGCACCAAUGUGCUGGCGCCGAGCAUGGACCUGUCGCCCGGUAUCGCUGAGCCCGACCAGGUCAUGCUGCCCUUCACCGUCAACGGCGCGUCGAACGCGCAUCAAUGGGCGUGCACGGUCGUCGGCUCCAACCAAAUUAUGCUCCGCAACAUCGCGAACGGCAAGUACCUCGCGCGCUGCGACGGCUGCGACGGCGACCAGAUCCCGCCGCCUGACCUCUUCCAACCGGUCUUUACGCUUUCGGCGCCGCACGGCAACCAAACCACCGCCUCGAUGGUGUGGACGUAUGCCCUUCAGCCAUAA